UAUUAGUCUGCUGUCAUGACAACCCCUACUAAGCACCUCGCAAGCUGCAUUUUCUGCAAGAUUAUCGCAGGUGAAAUUCCAUCAUUUACUUUGUUAUCAAAUGAUAAAGUACAUGCAUUUAUGGAUAUUGGCCCAAUCGCUAAAAAUCACGCACUCGUCAUUCCAAAAUACCAUGCACCUAGAUUUGGUGACGUUCCAGAUGAGUAUGCAUCUGAGAUACUUUUAGCUGCUAAGAAAGUAGCAAAAGCAAUUGGUUGUGAGGAAUACAACAUUUUACAGAACAACGGUAAGAAUGCACACCAAGUCGUUGAUCACGUCCACUUCCACAUCAUUCCAAAGGAAGGUGCAACAGAUGAUUCCGGACUUGUUAUUGGUUGGCCAGCUCAAGGAUUAUCUAUGGACCAAAUUAAGGAGGAAUUCGAGAAAGUAAAAGCUCGCAUUUAAAAUUGAAAAGAAAAUAAACUGAAAAAUUCAUGAAAUUGUAACGUAUAACGUCAUUAAUGUGAUUAUACUCCUGUUGAAAUCAUUGCUAUCUUGAUGGGGUCAGCUGCUAAUCCUAAUACACAUGCGAGAAGGUAUGCGACAGUUAGUACUAAAAUUGCAGUAAUUGGGUUAAAGUUUUCAAUCAAACCUUGAACCUCUUUACUAGCUUUAAGUGAAGCAAUUAUAGCUUCAUUCUCACGUUGUUGUUCACGUAAUGUUUCCAUUUGAAUGCGUAACAAAGAUGAAUCAUUUUGAGCACUUUCAAGGUGAUUACGUGCGAUAGCUAACUGACCAUCACUCUCGUUUAGUUUUCCAUCAAGAUGAUAUAUUGUAUCGAGGUAUUCUGCAUUCUUUCCUUUCGUUUCGUUGAGUUCAUCGUUGAGAGGUUGGAUGCUAGCGUGAUGUGCAGCUAAUCUAUCUUCGGCUUCAUGUAUAUGUAAACGCAAGACUUGAAUAUCCUGAAUCAUUUAUUUAGUUCUGUCUUACUUUGGGCAUAAAUUUACUCACAUCUUCUGAAGUCUUCUUGAGCAAAUCGUAAUCGCUAAUCAAUCUGUGAUACUUCUGAGAGAGAACUUUGUAGUCUUCUUCAGAUUUCUACAAUUCCAGUUGUAAGUUUUGUAUAUAUAAAACAUUAUUGUCUCACCUUUCUAAGACU